AGCUUCUUCUCCUCCUUUAGUAAAUUGAAGUGAGGUGUUAAAAAAGGCGCAUUUUCUCGGAUCUGAGAUCUUAGAUCCCAAACAAACACCAUUCUUCAUCCUCUUAACAUAUUGAUCCAAAAGGUAAAUUCUAUGGGGACUCGUUCGUCUCGCGUAUAUUCUUUUUUUCGUUCUAUUGAUCUAUCGAUAAUCUGAGUGGUUUCUAUUGAAAUUCGUUGUUAAUGGAUAAUGAACGUAGCUAAUUCUGUGCUGGAAUCUGAUGGAUUUGAAGGUUAUUUGUAUUUUGCUAUCAUGGAUCUGUUUCGAUGUUGAUGGUUGUAUUGGAUCUUGAAUUUAGCUUAGACUAUUCGAUUUCUGUAUUUGGUUUGUUAUGAUAUUUAAUGUUGAAAUCAUUUGAGAUUGUUCAGUGUUAAAAGGUAAAAUCCGAUUUAGUGAUUUUUCUUUUUGUGUGUGUUGUAGAUUGAAUAGCUUGAGAGAGCUUUUGGUUGGUAGUAAUGGCGAGAAGGCAAGUAGGUUCAACAAGGCGUGUAGGAGAUGGUGGAAGCUUCCCUUUUGCUGGAGCUUUGCACUCCAAGUCUCGUUCUUCUCCCCUUUUAUCUAUUUGCCUUGUUCUUGUGGGGGCUUGCCUACUCAUAGGUUAUGCUUACAGUGGCCCAGGUUUCUUUAAGAGUAUCAAAGAAGUCAGCAAAGUUACAGGUGAUUAUUCUUGCACAGCAGAAGUCCAAAGAGCUGUUUCUGUUCUUAAGAAGGCUUAUGGAGAUGGGAUGCGCAAAGUCUUGCACGUAGGCCCUGAGACAUGCUCUGUGGUUACCAGUCUCUUGAAAGAAGAUGAGACUGAAGCAUGGGGUGUUGAACCCUAUGACAUUGAGGAUGCUGAUUCUCACUGCAAGAGUCUUGUCAGCAAAGGCCUUGUACGUGUCGCUGAUAUCAAGUUCCCUCUGCCUUACCGUGCAAAAUCCUUUUCUCUUGUGAUCGUCUCAGAUGCUCUGGAUUAUCUCUCGCCCAAGUACCUGAACAAGACCGUUCCUGAACUCGCAAGGGUCGCUUCAGAUGGUGUAGUUCUUUUUGCAGGUCUCCCUGGUCAGCAGAGAGCUAAAGUUGCUGAACUGUCUAAAUUCGGUCGUCCGGCUAAAAUGCGUAGCGCAUCAUGGUGGAACCGGUUCUUCGUCCAGACAAACUUGGAAGAAAACGAAGCACCAAGUAAGAAGUUUGAACAGGCUGUUUCCAAAGGAUUAUACAAACCAGCCUGCCAAGUCUUCCACCUCAAGCCAUUACAUUAACCAAGCCACCUCCAAGCCCUCACACUAAAAGCACAUUCACACGUAGAGCCACUCGCGAAACAAGAACAACAACAAAAAUAGCGUAAGCGAUAUUCUCCUUGUAUUUUGUAACAAGCCAGUUUUUUUUCUUUUUUUUUUGUCCUUUAUUGUUGUAUCCAUCAACACAAUUUUUCAUAUUGAAUUUUAAUCAAUCGUU